CAGACACAUAAAGUCACUCAAUCAUGACAAGAACAUUAUACAGUUGAAAGUUGGAAAUAUUUUUAUUCGUUUACAAUCAAACUAUGGGCAGUUGUGAGGCUGAUGGAGCUGAAGAAGAAAAGACUGCAGUUGCAGAGCCAACUCCUGAACCUGAAUCAGAACCACCAGCACAAUAUGAAGUUGUUCAAGCACUAUCCGCCCAAGAAGCUGAGACUGCUCAAGAAAAGCCUGGAGAAGCACCAACAGCAGCAGCUGAAGAAGGACAGGAGCAACCUGUAGGCGGUAAAAGGAAGAAGGAUAAAAAGGGGAAGAAAGAGAAAGAAGUUGAAGAGGGAGAUGAAGGAGGAGAGAAAAAGCCUGAGAAGGGUAAAAAGCGAAAGGAUAAGAAAGUCAAGAAGGAGACAGAUCCUGCAGUAGAAACAGAAGCUGCAGGUAGAGACGAAGCUGUGACAGCGGAAGGCGAAGUAGAUGAAGAAGUGACCGCACCGAAAGGGAAGAAAGUAAAAGGAGCAAAGAAAGGAAAAAAGACUAGAGAAAAACACGAACAAGAAGAAAUGGGUGCUGCGCCUGAACAACCAACCGCAGAACCGGAUGGAGGGGAAACGAUAGAAGUGGUGGGAAAAGCGAAACCAAGGAAGGGGAAGGGAAAAGGAAAGAAAGGAAAAAAAUCGGAUGAAUCGGAAGAAGGUAUGGAAGGGGGAGAGGAGGAACGCAAAGGGAAGAAACAAGCGAGGAAGGAAAAAGGUAAAAGUCGGAGAGAUACGUCCUUAGUGCAAAGAGAAGCUACAGAAUCUACUUCAGCGUUAGCUGAACAUAAGAAAAAAGUAUACACUAUUUCCGGUACAACCACCACUUUGAAUAUAUUCCAGAUAAUUUUGCUCCCACAUCCAAAGCUUCUUUACAUCGACGUUUUGUGUAACCCAUCAUUGCAGUUCUACGUGGGACACCCUGUAUACAUCCAUUUUGAAUUGCUCUCAUAUUCCAGCAAAAUCAGAGAAAAGCUUAUCCAGGCUAGCGAAGGCUAAAAGUCAGAAAAGCGUAAUGUCAGUAAGUCAAGAAAAAGAUGCCGAGCCACAUGUUGCCCACUCUGUGAAGUUCAGGAAAAGUCUAAAAAGUAAAACGCGCACGACAUCUGAAGUUAACUUCGAUGACGAGUUUUCUUCCUCAAGCGACAGCUACGACGAGGCAGAAGAGACAGAAACCAAAAAGGCGAAGAGUGGUAAAGAAAAGAAGGGUAAGAGGAAAGGAAAAGAAAAAGAGCAUAAGAGAGAUGAUCAUCACGCUUUAGAAGAAGGCGAAGUUAAGCCUGUCGAAAUUGCGGAAAAGAAAGAAAAAGGGAAGAAAGGAACAGGCAAGAAAGGAAAAAAGGCCAAAGAUGAAGCACCACCUCCUGAAGAAAAAACACCAAAAGAGGUUGACAUCAUGGCGGAGCUACAACAGAUGAAGAUGCUUGCUGAAGGAGAAGAGGUGCCAGAGGUUAUAGCAGUAGAGACAAAGCCCAAGAAAAAAGAGAAGGCCAAGAAGAAAAAGCCGAGAGUGAAAGUAACGGCCGAAAUGCUGGAGAAGAUGAGAAUUGAACAAGAGGCAGAAACAGCCCGACUAGCUUUAUUGGAGAGGCAAAGAUUGGAAGAGGAGAGAUUAUCUGCCAUAGAAAAGGACAAAAGAGAAGUCGUUGAACAGCAAAUACGUUUGGAGCAACUGAACAAAUCAGCAUGCAACGUAGCUAAAAUCAUCGAUCACAACAUGUCGCUAGCUGAACAAGAAAAAGAAUUGAUGGAGUGGGAACUUUAUAUAGCUUGCGGAAGGCUACCAAACCCUUCUUUGUGUGACCAAAUGAAUACGUACUUGCACAGAUGGCAACUCACCAUCAAUACAACCACGGUUGAUGAUGCUUCUCAAAGAACGUCCGAUGUUGUCGCCUUACUAGAUUCGUUACAAGAUCUCUUAGAUACCGCUGAACGUGAGAACUCGGUAACGAUCGAAAAUUACAAAUGGAUAAGGCAACUAUUCAGAGAUCAACAGCAAGACAGUCUAGAUGUAGCCACAUACAGAUUACUAAGAAAUGUUGAGAAAAAUUUACACAGGAUAGACAUACCUACCGCUGAUUAUGAUUUCGCCGAUGAAAACAUCAAAUUCAGCAUCUGGUUGAGAGUAAUACUGCCUAUUCCUCUUCCUAAUCCGAGAAGACCGCCAAAGGCCAGAUUAGACAUUAAUUUUGAGAAUGUCAACUUGCAAUCGCUAUUCCCCUUAUUAAUUGAGUGUGAUGGAAUGGCUAUACGAGCAAUGUACUUGAAAUAUGAUCAUCUUAGCGAUCUGUGUUCAUCAUUUGACACCCCAGCAGUUCCAGAAGAAUUCAUUAAAAGUCUACUAGAUGUGACAAAGCAAGAAUGGCGUGCCAAACUAAAAUACAAAUACGACAAUAGGGACAUUGCUCCCGUAGUAGAAACUGUUACAGACGUUCAAGAAGAUGAAGCAGGAGAAUCUGGUAAAGAGCCAACAGCUGAGAAUGAGACUGAAGAUGAGAAAACCGAUAUUGAAAAAACGGUAGAAGAGAUACCCUUGGUGCCUUAUAAGAAGUUGACGCCGACGGCUAGUGAAUUUGCGAUAAGCAUAGAAGAUGAGAUAUAUCUAGCAGCAAGAAAAAGUUACAUACGAAACAUACCAGAAGGUGCCUUGAAUCUCAGAAAAUUCUCGAUCAUCGGUGGAGUUUUUCAUUUAGAUUUGCUAUAUCAACCGCCACAACCGCAGCAUUUUGUGACUAUGGAUUUGAACCUAACUUGUUUAUUUCAGUGUAUAUUCCAAAAAAGUUGGAAAGAGUACCUUUCUUGGUGACGUUCACACCUCCGAAACCCACUGAACCUGGCGUGAGGAAACAACCAGAGGAAAUUGAGGAGGAAAUGAAGAGGCAAGAAGAGGAACUUGACAAGUUGAUCUGCAUUACUUUGACUUGGCCCCAACACGUGAUAUUCCUGGAGCCCCCGAUCGUCUGCCAAUGGGAUCCAGAACGAAAACACUGGAUGAAAGACAAUAUCCACGACGUGAAACCCAAUGAGGAGAAAUGCAUAAUCUCCUUUAGGACAGGCAGCUUCGGGGUGAUCGGUCUGGCUACAAUCCGAUACGCUAAUCUGCCAUAUCAGGCUUGGGAACUUAAGCCAGAAGACGAUGGUACAGUUACGUUGAAUAUCACCGCAGCCAUUCUUAUGCUAGAAUUCAAAGUUAAAGGUGGUCUCAUCUGCUUGUCGCAAUUGCAAAACAGUCCUAGUAACGCUUUACAAGAUUUGGUUGGGGUGUAUAUGAAACUCUUCAAAUUGAAAAGGUUGAUGAAAGAAGCAGGAGUCGACGUAUUUCCAGAGCCGGAUGCUUUUCUUUACGUUGAAGGUAGUUGUGAGAAGCACUGGCCUAUGGAAAGACACCUGUACUUCGAUAUGGCCAGAAUGUGCAGUUGCUUCAACUUCGCUUGGUCCAGAUGGAAUUUGACUGCUGGCAGAAGAAAUGUCGUGAUGCAGAUGAGAGAGUACAUUCCUGGCAGCCAAAAACAGAAAAGUCACAUGAUGUGUCUCGUAACCCCUCUCAAAGCAACCUACAUCAACUGCACGGAAGUGAGUACGACAUUCACAGACGAAGACAUCGAAAAUAUGAAGUUUUGCGCCGAUCUUUACAACCUGAUGAAGUCAACCUCGGGCAUCGCGAUAAGAAAAAGGGUGCAGGCAGCUUCUUUCGACAUACAGUACGCGGUAGCACAGCUAUUGACAUUAACCAGAGUACUGAGCUUCUCUUAACACUCGAAUAUGACAUGCAUGUCUUUGUACUUUCUCGUAAUAAAAAUAUACAUAAAUUUUCAA